UUCCUCAGCUGUGAUUUAAAGUUUUAACAUCAGCUCGGAACACAAAGACAUUCAGGAGAUUUCUUCCUCCAGAUCUGCUCUCCUGGACUCGGUGCUCGGAGUUUUUAAGUGUUUGAGUCGAUCUGUCUGGUCCCUGUUUAGUUAAGUUUUCCUUUUUUUUUUGUUCUUUUCUUCUCCUUCUCCCUCUCUCCUUGUGGCGUGCUGAAGGAGUGGGCUGGUUCUGUGUCUUGGAGUCGUCUUCCUACGGAGAGCGCAGGGGGAAGAAAGUUCGCACCAGCUCUGCCUCCAAUCCAGUGGAGGUUUCAAUAGCAGCGGCGCGGCAGGGGAGGGACGCACUGCCAGAGCUCAGGAUACCCACACACUCACUCACUCACUCACACACACACACACACACACACACACACUCACUCCUGCCCACCAGAGACCAGUUAAAUCCGCAAGAAAACUGCAAACACGCACCAGAGCAGCAGUCUGCCUAAUCCGCUUGAUAGGCACCAGCACUGAGGGAACUACUGGACACUGCACGGGACCAAACUUUUCAUUUUUCUUUUUUUUUUUUUUCCAGUCGCUUUUAGUUGUCAGGCACCUUUUCUUUCUUUUUCUUUUCCUUUUCCUUUUUCUUUUUUUUUUUGGUUUUGAAAACCUUGGUGAUAUCAGAGUGGCUGUGAGAGACAGAGAGCGAGAAUCAUCCUCCAGAGAAACUUCGCCGCGUCGCGUUAUUCCUGAAGAAUGAGGCAGUGUAAAGGCUGGAGCGUGGUGGUGCUGCUGGUGCUGCUGGCGCUGGGAGCUUUGGCGCAGAAGCUGCCCACGAGAGACGAAGGCCUCUUCCAGAUGCAGAUCAGAGACAAGUCGCUGUUCCACGACUCCUCCGUCAUUCCAGACGGCGCUGAGAUCAGCGGCUACCUGUUCAGGGACACUCCCAAAAGGUACUACUUUGUGGUGGAGGAAGACAACACACCCCUGUCUGUGACUGUGACACCUUGCGACGCUCCUCUGGAGUGGAAGCUCACCCUGCAGGAGCUGCCAGAAGAGGCCAGCGGAGAGGGCUCAGGAGAGCCUGAACCUCUGGACCAGCAGAAACAGCAGGUGACCGUCGACGAGGGGACGGAGCUUUUCACCUACAAGGGUAAUGAUGUGGAGUCCUACGUGGCCACCAGCACGCCCUCUGGCCUCUACCAGCUGGAGCUCCUGUCCACAGAGAAAGACAGCAACUUCAAGGUGUACGCCACCACCACUCCAGAGUCUGACCAGCCCUACCCGGAGCUGCCCUAUGACCCCCGUGUGGAUGUGACCGCGCUGGGCCGUACCACCAUCACCCUGGCCUGGAAGCCGACGCCAACAGGCUCUCUGAUGGGCCAGCCCGUCCAGUACUGCGUAGUGAUCAACAAAGAGCACAAUUUCAAGAGCAUGUGCGCUGCUGAGGCUAAGAUCAGCGCUGAUGAUGCCUUCAUGCUGGCUCCGAAACCUGGCAGAGACUUCAGCCCCUUUGACUUUGCACACUUUGGCUUUGUUCCCUCUGACAUUGGUUUUGGCAAAGACCGAGGCCUCACGAGUAACAAGAUUUCACGGGCGUACACAGCCAAGCCCAGAGCAUCAGACAUUCAGAAGGUGUGCAUUGGCAAUAAGAACAUUUUCACCGUGUCAGACCUGAAGCCAGACACGCAGUACUACUUCGACGUGUUUGCUGUGAAUUCUGCAACCAACACCAGCACAGCGUACGUGGGAACAUUCGCCCGCACUAAAGAGGAAGCCCGUCAGAAGACGGUGGAGCUGAAGGACGGCAAAGUAUCCGAUGUUUUCAUCAAGAGAAAGGGCAGCAAGUUUCUGCGAUUUGCCCCGGUGUCUUCCCAUCAGAGGGUCACUCUCUUUGUCCACACGUGUCUGGACGCCGUGCAGGUGCAGGUGAGGCGCGACGGCAAGCUGCUGCUCUCCCAGAACGUGGAGGGGGUGCGGCAGUUCCAGCUGCGGGGAAAGCCAAAAGCCAAGUAUCUGAUCCGCUUGCGGGGCAGCAGGAAAGGGGCCUCCACUUUGAAGGUGCUCGCCACCACACGACCCAGCAGCAAGCAGCCCUUCCCCUCGCUCCCGGAGGAUACGCGCAUCAAGGCCUUCGACAAGCUGCGCACCUGCUCCUCCGUCACCGUGGCCUGGCUGGGCACGCAGGACCGCAACAAAUACUGCAUUUACCGCAAGGAGGUGGCCGACAAUUACGGCGAGGAGCAGCGACGCAGGGAACAAAACCAGUGUGCCGGGCCAGAGACCCGCAGGAAGUCAGAAAAGGUCCUGUGCAAGUACUUCCACAGCCCGAACCUGCAGAAAGCUGUGACCACAGAGACCAUCACAGGUCUGGAGCCAGGCAAGACCUACCUGCUGGACGUUUACGUGGUGGGACACAGUGGUCACUCAGUGAAAUACCAGAGCAAACUGGUGAAAACAAGGAAAUACUGCUAAAUGACUCUGCAAAGAAUAAAUCUAUUAUAAAUAUAUAUAUUAAAUAAGUUUAUUUAACUCUAAGUGAUAUUCUACUAAGGAGUGUAUACAGACUGACUACUCACACAGCGGAUGGGCCUGUGGCAGUGACUGAACUGUUUGUAGAGAGAGAUAUCAACCUGUAUAUUUAUGUUUACAUUUCAUCGAGCACCUCUGGGUGGCCCACAGCGUGAGGUGCUCCGUUACCAGGCGUGUCGUCUUGACAUCAAGUUGCCACUGGGGAGGCAGAAACUUCAAAGAAGAUCAUCUUUUCAUCUCGUACGUUUUCUUUGUUGCUGCAUGACAUUUUGCGUUUUUUUUGUCCGUCCGUAUUUGCGCGUUUCUUCAGUUUCCAAAAUCACGCUGUACCGGAGGAGAUACAGUCGCUACCCGCAUUGUAUAGAUCUCUCACUGCAUAUUCACGACAUGUUUUUAGGAGGAAUUUAAAUUAUUUUAUACUUUUGGUCUCUCUUUUUGAUUGUCUGUUUUUAUUGAUGACAAUAAUAACUGUUACGAGGAAAAAUUCCAGUCUCACGAGGAAGUUGUCGUAGUCCAGACAUUCCCCUUAUGUAUCUCAGCCAGUGUUUGCUCUAGAGCCCAUCUUGUAAAUGUGUUCUGUGCUGGAGAUCUGUGUUAUUAUCACUGUAUCGCUGUGUGUGUGUGUGUGUGUGUGUGUGUGUGUGUGUGUGUGUGUGUCACAUGUACAGAGUUGUCCUGCCAAUAUUCAUGUACAUAAACACUAAAUAUAGAACAAGUAAUCCCUCUGUCACCCUGGGUGUCAUGUUCUUUUGCCAAGCAGUUAACAUCACAGUCGUGGCUCCGAGAUGAAAGAGAGCACGGCGCAUUGUGUUUAUGGACUUGGGACACUUAAAGUAGGGUCGCAUAAGCAGAACUUGAUACUUCAUCAGAUCAGAAACGAUAAUGUGGUACUAAAAGUGAUUUGCGACCAGUAAAGCUCAACGGAGGAUGAAUUAUUUGCUGGAAAUAACUUUUAAGACUUCUUUUCCCAGUUGGUGGCUGAGCUCCACUGGAAACAUAUCACCUCUUGACCAUCGCCUGCCGUCAAACCAGUGUCUCACUGACCUACAUUCUCGUGGAUGUGCAGUAAUAAAUCGGUGCAUCUGAGCACA